AUGAAGUUCCUCAACCUCGUCGCCGCCGCCGCCGCCGGCCUCCUCUCCGCCCCCGCGGUCGCCCAGAUUCACACCAACGGCCCCGUCUUCCGACUUGCCUUCAAGCAGGUCGAAGCCGCCAGCGAGAGCCUGCACCACGCCAUCCUCGCCUUCCGCAGCAACGACACCAUGCCCCCUCUCGCCAUCGCCACCGCCGAGCUCGUCCACGUCGUCAAGGAGGCGCACGUCAACAUCUCGCGCGAGGACAACCUCGGCCUCUCGCAGACCAUCCAGGUCAUGCUGCCCGUCUUCCGCCGCUUCAAGCCCCGGAUGCGGAACAUGGUGGAGGACUUCAAGGGCCGCCGCGACAUCGUCAUCCUGACGCACAACUGCGAGGUGGUGCGGAUGAGCAUCGGGGUGCUGCACGACGCGGUCAACAUGUUCAUGUCGCUGGUGCGCAGGAAGAUUGCCAACGCUGCGUGGAAGACGGCCGAGAAGGAGGAGAAUAAGAUUCACAACUUGAUGAUUGGCCUCAAGUACCACUACCACAAGGAGCACUGUCAGGAUUAA